GUAAGAAAACAUUAAAAAUGAGUGAAGCAGCUUCUCCAAAGAAAAUCGCACCCAAGAAGAAACCUGCUGCAAAGAAGACAGCUGAUCACCCUAAAUAUGUGGACAUGAUCAAGGCUGCUAUCGCUACCCUAAAGGAACGCGGUGGUUCAUCUCGCCAAGCUAUUACAAAAUAUAUUCAUGCAAAUUACAAAGUUGCUGAAAACUCAGAUCAUCAUCUGAAAAUGGCUCUUAAACGAGGAGUAACAUCAGGCGAUUUGAUUCAAACUAAAGGCACUGGUGCUUCUGGAUCAUUCAAGCUAGGUCAGGUAAAAAAAGAAAAACCUAAGAAAAAGGCCGCAGCAAAAAAGCCAACGGCAAAGAAGCCUGCUGCAAAGAAAAGUACACCAAAAAAGAAGCCAGCAAAGAAGAGCACGCCAAAGAAAGCAGCAAAGAAGCCUGCCACAAAGAAAGCCUCGGCUAAGAAACCAGCAGCUAAGAAACCCACAAAGAAGCCUGUUGCUAAAAAACCUGCAGCAAAGAAGGUCAAAAAGACUCCCAAAAAGGCAGCAAAGAAGACCGCAAAAAAAUAAUUUGUGUGUAUCUGGCUAUUACAUUAACAAACGGCUAUUUUUAUAGCCACACAUUUACAAAAAAACAUUAUCUUGGUACAAAGUUAAACUUGUUUAAGUCACU